AGUUCACAUUUCUCUAUCUCUCUCUCACACGAACCUUUUUUCUCUCUCUCUCGCCGCCGCUCUCUUUAUUUUCUCUCUUGUGUUCUAAAGAUGUUCUUGCUGCUUCAUCUUCCAAUUCUUCAUCAGUUUUGUUUCUUCUUCCCAGAACAAAAAAAACGUUACUUUUCGACAACAAACGAAGAUUAUCGAAGAAAAUGGUGUAUCAGCUCAGAAUCUCGACAACUCGAUCGAGAACCCUUGAAAGUGAAGCAAGGAAAACAAUUCUUCAGGAACUCGAUUCUCUGAGAGAACUGGGGAAAACGACGUCUCUGAUCCAAUUGUUUGAGGUUGCUCCUGUUGCUGUGCCAGUUGCUCCUGUUGCUGUGCCAGUUGCUCCUGUUGCUGUGCCUCCACAGGUUGCUCCUGUUGCUGUGCCAGUUGCUCCUGUUGCUGUGCCAGUUGCUCCUGUUGCUGUGCCUCCACAGGUUGCUCCUGUUGCUGUGCCAGUUGCUCCUGUUGCUGUGCCAGUUGCUCCUGUUGCUGUGCCUCCACAGGUUGCUCCUGUUGCUGUGCCAGUUGCUCCUGUUGCUGUGCCAGUUGCUCCUGUUGCUGUGCCUCCACAGGUUGCUCCUGUUGCUGUGCCAGUUGCUCCUGUUGCUGUGCCAGUUGCUCCUGUUGCUGUGCCUCCACAGGUUGCUCCUGUUGCUGUGCCAGUUGCUCCUGUUGCUGUGCCAGUUGCUCCUGUUGCUGUGCCUCCACAGGUUGCUCCUGUUGCUGUGCCAGUUGCUCCUGUUGCUGUGCCAGUUGCUCCUGUUGCUGUGCCUCCACAGGUUGCUCCUGUUGCUGUGCCAGUUGCUCCUGUUGCUGUGCCAGUUGCUCCUGUUGCUGUGCCUCCACAGGUUGCUCCUGUUGCUGUGCCAGUUGCUCCUGUUGCUGUGCCAGUUGCUCCUGUUGCUGUGCCUCCACAGGUUGCUCCUGUUGCUGUGCCAGUUGCUCCUGUUGCUGUGCCAGUUGCUCCUGUUGCUGUGCCUCCACAGGUUGCUCCUGUUGCUGUGCCAGUUGCUCCUGUUGCUGUGCCAGUUGCUCCUGUUGCUGUGCCUCCACAGGUUGCUCCUGUUGCUGUGCCAGUUGCUCCUGUUGCUGUGCCAGUUGCUCCUGUUGCUGUGCCUCCACAGGAUCCACUGGAGCGAGCUCGAGCUCUGGCUAAGUUGAGGAGGGAGAUUGCAGCAAAAAAAGCAGCAAGGAAGAAGAAAGAUUCGGCUCCGUUUCAGUCGCCAGGGACUCGUGCCGAAAGAGCCAAGCACUUUGCCUCCACCUCACCAGAGUUCUAUUUUCCUAAGUAAUCUCUCACUACUUUCUCCCACUACGAUAUUAAAAAACCUCUUGUUUUUUACUGUGUUGACAAUGAAACUGCAUGUGUUUGGUUUUGGUAUUUCAACUCUCUGUAUGAGGAAUAAUUGAAUCUUGCCUCU